UUCGAUGGUGAGCAUGUUACGAUGUGUCGCGUUACGGGUGGAUCCUCUUUUACCGGAAGCGAAGGAGAUUAUCUACCCGUCAAUUGAAUCUUAACUUUACAUGCCAUAUUUCGAAAAACGAACCGCAUACGUCGUUCUACCGCGUGUGGAAAAGUCGUCCGUUGAAAACUUUUCUUUGUGAGUGUGAUCGGACGAAUUUGUAAACGUCGCCGCUAAGCGUUCAGCAGAAAUGCGAGUGGAUUAAACGUUUCGAAAAGUGAUUAUUCGUACUCUGUUACGUGCGAAGGUGAAUAAUUGUGAGUGUUUUGAAAAUUGUCGAGCCAACAAUCGGAUACAAGGCCUGUUAGGUCGCAGCUUUAAGCCGGCCGGCGCCCGCAUUAAAGGGAAUAUACCAGAAGCGUCUGACUGACGACGAUCGUUUCGACCCUCGAUAUACACCUUGUGUCGCGAUUUCACAUCGAUCUCCACCCGCGGAUCGAUUCUCUGUAUCGAAUUCUUAAAAAUCGAUCGUUACGUUUGAUCUCGUUCCAGCGUUUUUCGAGAAUACUUCAGCAUCGAGAUGAGUGCCCACUUGCCGCGAUUCGGAGAAAGAAAUUUAGCGGAACUGUAGAAAUUCGUCUCCACCCGAUAUCCCGUGACAUCCGUUGAAAAUGUAGCUUCACACGAUUGAUUCGUGAUUUCAGCCAUCUUCCAAAGAGAAGAGCGCCGCGCGUCAGGGAUUGCGUCCCUCGGUCCGCGAAUGUUUACGUUCUAACGGUUCGUUUCACCGAGCCGAGUUUUUGUUAUCGAUCAAAACACGAUCGAUUCGAGAACACGAGUUCUUUGUUGCGCGAUUCUAACAACACUAGUGCGAAAGAAAUCGGGAAACGACGAGUUCUUUGUUUCCAAGUAAGUGUCGCGCGAAAGUUCCGCGAACUUUGUUCACUGAUCUUCGAGUUUCUCUUUUUGGCUUGUGAUUUUAAGAGGAACUCGACGUCGCAAAGUGAAUAGUGAACGAACAAGUGAUAUUAGUGAAUACGAGUUGUAAAGAAAUAUCGUGACGGUAGUGACAAGUUCCGACGGCUCUGUUGUCGCGAGUUUCUUCGUCGAAGGAGGAUGAUUUUGUGAACGGAUAUUUUUCUUUCUUGGGGACUUCUCGCCAGGAUGACCGAAACCUGUCACCACGUUGCGUCCGCAUAGCCGUCACAGUGGAGUUCUGCUUAAUCGCAGGUCGAGCUGUGAGGCUACUAGUGCCGUGGUGCAACCGUGCAAAAAGGCACAGAGGGGCAGCUUUCUGGCCAAGCGGUCAUCAACCACCUGCAUAUCUCUAUACGUUCUCUCGCACAAUGGAAGAAACUCGCGUGGGCGAAAGAGAGAAAGAGAGAGGGAGAGAAACGGGGAACAGAUAAAAUAUAAUCAUCAAUACCGAGGUGCAGUCUUCCGUUUCAUCAAACCGGUUGGAUUAUAAACAACCUCGAGAAUACGGAAAGAACACUCGUUUGAUCGAUUUUCUGACUUCUGCCUCGGGAGGGGGAGGUUCGAUGUUGGUCCCUCCCGUGGCCCAAAGUGGGACUGGGGAUCGUCCCGUGGGCGACACGGGUGCCCGGGCCCAACAAGCGUCCGGCCCUGCCGCGGCAGCAACCCUAUGGCCCUUAGCACCUGCGCAAACCAAUCAGGUCACAAGUCAGUCUCAGGGCAUACCACCCCUAGCCGCUACCCCUGCACCGGCUCACAAUCAAGGUGUGAGUCGUUACGGGCUAUACUCUUUAUUCCCGGGGGGUGGCGGGGGCAGUUACGUCGCGGCCACUCCCGCCACCCCCGGACCGCCUACACCAGCACGAGCUUAUCACGCAACAACACACAAGGUUUCAGAGAGCGUGUUUUCCGCUGCCGUUGGGGUUGGAGUGGGUGGUUACACCUGGGGUGCUCCCACGCCGCCCCCUGGUUCACCCUACAGUCCUGUACCCGUGACACAGCUCGAGCUAUUGGCCAAGAAUCUGGCCAGUUUGGCUCCUCCAGGUCAACAGGCGCUUAGUCUUCAAGGUGUUGGUGUGAAUGUCGGAAGUUUGCAUCACGCGCAACAUACACAGCACACUCAACACACCCAGCACACGCUCAACUUGACUGGUCUUCAUCAUCUUCAUCAUGGAGGACUCCACCAGAACACUUUUUCGCCACAACUGUCUCUGGUUACCGGGAACGCGCCCACGCUGACGAUCAACAGCUUUUCGUCGCCUAACUCGACAGGCAACGUGGUACCGACGACGGGAGUGCUUCUUCAUGAGUAUCAGUCGCCGUCAGGUUCGACUACCGGAUGCUCGGUCACCGUGAACGGCACCUCGUGCCCGACGAGCUCAACGACGAGUACGAUGGUGAUGCAGGCAGACCAGAACACCGGCAACCAGGUCGUUCAGGCUACCAGCAAGAAACGAGAGGCCUUCCUUCCGAGUCAAGGUCAGCCGGUGAAACUGGAGAAUAAAUCGACUAGGCAGCCCUGCGUCUGCAGAAACAGUGGGAAAACCAGGACGGUGCAUUCCGACGCGGGCUGCAGCAGGACAUUGCCGGUUGCCUCGUCCUGGAACGGGCAGGACGCGAAUUGCAACGGCAAUAACAAUGGUGGUAGUAACUUGGUGAAAAGGGAACCGCUGGCUUCGGUGCCCUGUCAGGUCGCCGAAGUCUCGACGUCCCUUCACGCGACAACCACCUCCGUGAAAAUCGAACCAGUCCCACCGAAAUCGGAAAACGGGAUCGUGGUGUCGAAUGCAGGGGCAGGCGGCGUGCCAGUCGGAAUCGCGGUGGCCAGGCAGAGAUUGCAGCAUCAGGAAACCUCGACUUCGAUGCGCAAUGUUUCCCUGAGUCAUCACACUUCGCAUCAUGCGAGCUAUCACCACUUCCAGCCUGACAAUCUUGGUUCGAGCACAGCCAUGGCAGUAGGCGGUGCGACCCUGGUGCACUGCGGAGGACCUGGAGGGGAGGACCGUCCGGCCCACCUCGCCAUUCCCUCGGGAGCCCUGGCACCCUCGCUGAACGCUGCUCUCGGCUCGAGCCUGAAUUCCAGCUUGAAUUCCAGCCUGAAUUCCACGCUAGGUAGCAUCGGCGCCGCGACGAGCGCGGCCACCGCCGCCACGGCCGCGGCCGCAGCCGCAUGGCCGCCCACCUUAUGGCAGUACCCCGCGGCGGCCGCGGCCGCUGCAGCUGCAGCUGCAGCAAUGCCGAUGGAACCAGUGGGUUUUCCACAAAUGGGUGUUGGACUUCAAGGUGGCCUUCAAUUAGUCAGGGAUCCGACGACAGGUCAUCUUCUUCUCAUCCACGCUGCAGAACAAAUGCAGCAGGCUGUAGUGUGGCCAAAUUACUCGAAUCAUAAUAAUGGAAACGUCGCGCCGCCACCUCUUCUGCUUCCGCCGCCGCCACCGUCUCUUCAGCUUCUGGGCGACAUCGGUGGAGCAAGGUUGGUCCUCACUGAAAGCAAAAGAAAGCAACAGAGCACUCUGCCUAUUGUCAAGAUAGAGGCUGACUGUGGCAACAGCCCCGCCACUAUAAUCACGUCAACCGAGUCGACAAAGGCGUUGCAGACCGUGACUUCGAUGACAGGAGCCAUCGUGCCGGAUACACCCCUGGUGACCACUCUGCACUAUUACCCUCAUGCACCUGCAUUGGUCCAAAUUAGUCAAGCAGCGCCGAUGCACUGCAGAUCACAGCAGCGAAAUUCGUUUUUGUCGAAGGCGACCUCUCCCGUGUCGUGUCUGACGCCGCCACCCGAGGUGACGACGAUCCACGCGAUCGAGCCACCUGAAGUGGCGCCGAUGGUCGGCGUCCAAGACGCUUCGAACCAGACCGACGCCCCGGAGCCAGACGACCAGGAGCCGCCGCAGGUGGAUGCGUGCGUGAAACAGGAACAGAACCUGAGUCCCUGCCAGCUACAGAAUCCGACCAAUCUGACCACUACCACCACCAACAUGACGAACAUGACCAACUUCGAGAUCGUGGCUGCCUCGCCGGAGAAGGUGUGCAAUGUCGUACGAAUAACGACCACCACGACCACCGUGAACCCUGCCGUCUGCGGCUUCGUCGGCAAGGUGGACAAGGCCGAAAACACAAUCAUCAACAUGGCCGAUUGUCCGAAAUACUCUAUCACGAAGGAGUGCAGGAGCGUCACGGCGAUCGACAGAACCAUCGAGCACGUGGUGGCUAGACAGAUGGACAGGGAACACGACGACAGGGGACACCCGGACGAGGAGCACGACGAGUUGUUCGCGGAGGACGGUUUGUCUCGCAGGGACAUCAGAAACGGACCAAGGAUCAUCGAAAUCACCGAGGAAAAUUGCGACAGCUUCCACGAGAAUCUCGAGUUCUUUGGAAGAAGGAGAGAUCACUCGUUAGACCGUCAUCGAGACAGGAAGAGAAGCUACGUCGCAGAGUCUGCCGCCGGUGAACAGGACCACGAGGAUAACGCGGCUGCUGCUGAGAAGAGCGAGGCUGAUUUAGCUAAAAUCGGAGACGCAAGAACCGCAGAAGUACACAGACACGCGAGUUCCGCGCCAACGGAAUCGCUCAAUAUCGAAACGCAGAGGCAAGAAGAGCCUAGCGAAUCGAAGAUACCAGUUACUUCUAGGUGUGAGAACCACGAUGACCAUUUGCUGACGUACAAACCGCUCACUCAUCGUCCUCAGAUCAUCGUGAAGUCAUUCGACAUGCCGAACAUUGACUGCGACGACGAAGAGGUCGAGAGAAUAGUGAUAAAACAAGAGGCCGAGGAAACUGCGUACGAGGAUUACUCGUACAGAUGCGAAGCCACCUCGACGACGGAGAAGCCAAAGUGCCAGGAGUGGAUGAAGAGGCACUCGGUGGAAAAGUCUCACCCUGGGAUCGAGAAUGUGGUGGAGAAAUUGAAGAAAAAUGCGGCCGCAGCUAUGCAGGAAGCGAUACCUCAGAAAGUCGAGGACACAAAGGACAAGAGCGUGGAUGGUCUGCGUUCGAGGAGACACUCCGAGACGAUGCCGAGAAAAUUGGAGAACGGCUUGAAGAAACACAUACUGAGGUCCUGCGAGAUUGCUCAGUUUAUGGAGCACCGUGAAAUUCCAAGAGAACCUGAGGUUUCCUCGACGGAGACAACGAGAUCCGCGUAUAACUCUCAGGAUCUCCCCAGGUAUACGGCAACGAAAGAGAACGAUCCGUCUAAUUCUCUCGCGAAGAAACACGCUUUGCCCAGUGAGUACUUCCUGAACGAUAACAAUAACGACACCAGGAGCAAUAACAACAAUAUCAAGGCGGUCGAUAACGAAGAGUUGCUCGUGAAGAAGGAAAAGACUUCGUCGUCUGCCGUGUACGAGACGAGAGAGGCGAACUGUUUUGACAGCGACGCGGUCACCCCGAAGAAACACCGUAGAAUGGAAGUUUCAGACGAGACGUUUGCCUCGUCGUCAGACAAUCAAAAUUCAAAAUCGAGGGCUGCGAUCAGUUCCAAACAGAGGCCUACGGUUGACAUAAGCGGGUUGGAGCUAUUGUCGAAUAGUAUCGAACAACUGGAGCAGCUGAAACCGGACGCCCAGGUCGCCGCCACAGCAGCCGAUCUUGAGAAAUCACCUAUUAGAACUAAGCUGAUUUCUCCGCCAGGGGAGAGCAACAACAACAACAGCGUGGACAGUCCGUUGGGGUUGUUAUGCGCUCUUGCGGAACAAAGGUUUAUGGAGGAGGUGGUCGAUAAAGUGCCGAGGAAGCUGAACCUUGACAGCUCUGAAGAGAUAUCGCACGCUGGUAGAUUGUUGCUGAACUUGGGUAGAUCGAGUCAUCCGGAGAAGGAAGGGAAAACGUUGGACAAGAGGAAGUUCGUCCAGUCGGAGGACGAGAACUAUGACAGCUCGAAGAGAUUCAAGAGCGGCAACAAAUGCGAGGAUGAAGAGUUCAAGUGUGACGCAUUGCAUUACGAUGAAGAAAGCGAUACGAGCAAGCAAUACGAGGCGAGGUUGCAAGCGAACAAUAUAGUAAUAGGGGUAAAGGAGGCAACAAGAAGAAGCAUCGAUUUUUCUGAAAGAAACGGUGUCAACGUAAACGACGAGGAUGAUCCACCGCUGAAGGACGAUCCCGCUGGUGGAAAUAGACCGUGCAUAGAUUCAGAUUAUGAAAGAAUCGAUGAUUUCGAGCAUUACGAUCGCCAUUUUAACGAGUAUCAGAUGAAUGGUGCUUACUACGAGAGAACUAUGGAAGGCAAUUUGUCGGACUCUGAUUUGAAGGUGUACAGUCAAAAAGCGUAUGCGGAGGCGAUGAUGCAAGAAGGUGUCAGAGACGUGAAGAGGAGACUCUCCGCGGGAGAGCAGCGCGAUUGCCACGAUUACAGGAACUUGCAAGCGAAACUGGACGCGAAAAAGUUCAUCGCCCGAAAGGGUCACAUGGACAACGACGCCGAUUGGCCGAACAUGGAUGCCAUGGAGCUGGAUAUGAGGGUCAGGUUGGCUGACAUUCAGAGGCAGUACAGAGAGAAACAGAAAGAGUUGUCUAAGCUAACUCCGAAGAAAGAUGAGAAGAAGAGUCCUGGCAGACCGCGAAAGAAGAGCCAUUCUUCCAGUUCUGAUCAUGGACCUUUGGCGUCGCCAUCAGCGUUAGAGCGAAUGCCUUCACCGCAUAAAUCUCCGUCACGCUCGCUCAAUGGAUCUCCACCACCGUUGACUCCCAAUGUUCUUGCUAUGCCGAGGUGUAACGUGAACUUGGUGAAACUGGGUGAGCCAAGAAGUCACAUUAAACUGUUGGACAGUAUACCGAGCAUUCCUAUCCCCGUUCCACCAGUCGCCUCGCCUAUCACCGUUCUACCCUCGAGUAAAGCACCGCAAGACGACGAUGAGAAAAGCACAGGAAGGAUGGGAUACGAUACGUCAUCACCAGCGCCGACGGUUGCGAGUUCCAGUUCAGCUUCAAAGAAAAGGAAGGUCGGUCGGCCCAGGAAGCUGAUGUGUACAUCAGGAAGUGUCAGACAUCUAACAGAGACGAUAGUCGCGAAAAAGCCAAAAAGCAAAAGUUCUCUAGUAGGAUACCUUUUGUCAUCGAAAAACCGACAUCUUCAGGCAAAGUACGUGGGUAAAACUGGAUAUACGCCGCUACCCUUCAAAACUGGAUUAUCUUCGCUAAAAUCCUCUUCCAAGGGUCAUAAAUCAGGAAAAUCGAAACCGAAGCCUGCGAAACAGACGCCCUUGCACAGUAAGACUGUGAUCAGCUCGAUCAUUGCGGAGAAAGCGAAAUUGAGUCAAGAAGUGAAGUUGGAGAAACAGAGCAAGUUGAAACCGAAACUAAAAGCAGAAGUAAAGGUGAAGACUUGGGAGGAUGAUGAGUCUUCUAGUGCUGUGGAGAACGUAUUGCCAGAGUCUACUGUGCAGGAACCAGUGGAGGAAAUCCCAGCGGAGUUGCCAGAGCCAAUCGAGACAGAGUCCGAGAAGAGCAGACACGAGAAGUCGAAGAAGAAGAAACGGAAGUCCAGUUCGUCGUCGCCUUCGCGACGCAAAUCUACUGAUCGCGAGAAGAAAGAAGCGAAACGCAGGAAGUCGCUUGAGUGCAAAGAGUGCAAGGAAUGCGCCAAAGCAGCCAAAGCCGAGAAGACGGAGAUCGUCAACAAAUGCAAACUGACAUCGGCGCACUUGGACAUUGAUCAGCUGAGAGUUCUCACGGCGAUGGGUGGUCUGUUUUACGCCGGAAGACUCAGCGCUGUCCAAGCACCUGACGUUUAUGCGAUCACGUUGGACGGCGAACGAGGCAACAGACCCCACAUCCAUUCCAGAGAGGAGAUUCUACGAGACGCGAUCGUGGAGGUCUGUCCUAGUUCGACGAAAGAGUUACCACCCGGUACGAGACUCUGCGCCUACUGGAGCCAGCAAUAUCGGUGCUUAUACCCAGGCACAUCCGUGGAACCCACCGAACCUGACCCCGAGCUUGACGAGAAGUUCGUUAGCGUGGAGUUCGACGAUGGUGACAGUGGAAGAAUCGCUUUGGAUGAUAUCAGGUUGCUGCAGCCUGAUUAUCCUGUCGUUGAAUACGAUCCAAAUCCCCUAUUGUCACUGGGCAAGCGUCGAAGGCAAACGUCGGUAUCUACAGAAGAUAAACGCUCGUCCAGCAACAAUCAACCGUCCACUUCGUUAAAUGCGAACAAUGCGAUUCCCGCUGUUACCUCCACGACGUGUUGUUACGUUUCGUCGUCUGAUGGACAGUCGCUGGAACGAUACAAGUCCGAUGACAUGGAUGCCAAGGAUCUAGAAGAGUACCGUGAGAGGAAACGCAUGAAGAAGAGGAGAAGAGACAAACUAAAGAGACUGCAGGAGGCCCAAGAGGGAAAGAAGAAGCACAGGAAGCACAAGUGUUGCGAAGAACACAGGAAGCACAAGCACAGGAAACAUCGAAAGCAUAAGCACAAGCACAGCCAUCACAGCAGCCACAGCGAAGGAAGUCAUAUAAGUAGUGGGGAUAGCUGUUGCGGUCAGAAGAGCGAGGAAGAGAUGGUCAAGGAACCAGUAACUACAGCAGAGCCCGAAGUAGAAGUCGAAGAAGAAACAGUAGUAGAGGAAGAAGUCAUUCCAGAACCGAUCGUAGAGCCCGUUCGCGAGCAGAAGCAAGAGAAGCCGAAGAAAGCGGACAAGAAGUCAAAGAUGCGUGAACGACAGGAGUCAGUGGAAAGUCGAAGUAAAAUGGCCGCGUUUUUGCCGGCUAGACAGCUGUGGGGAUGGGCAGGCAAAGGUUAUAGACGGCCGGGUGCUAAAGGAAGGGCCAAGAAGCAAUUCUUCAAGGCGAUACAGCGCGGCAGUGAAACAAUUCAGAUUGGCGAUAGUGCCGUUUUUCUGUCGACUGGCAGACCAGACAGACCUUAUAUUGGUCGCAUUGAAUCCAUGUGGGAAACUUCGAGUUCCAACAUGAUCGUGAAAGUCAAAUGGUUCUAUCAUCCUGAGGAGACAGUAGGAUGCCCGGCAAAUCUGAAAUAUCCGGGUGCUCUCUUCGAGUCUCCUCACAUGGACGAAAAUGACGUCCAAACAAUCUCUCACAAGUGCGAGGUGCUACCACUUCCGGAAUACACGGACAAACUAGGCAAAGAACCGCACAGGUAUCUGACGAUCUACGACAACAACGACAUUUACUAUUUGGCAGGCUACUACGACCCCACCACUUAUCUAUUGACUAUGCAACCGGGGGUUGUUUGAGAACAGCUAAAGCUGACGAUUAAGUUAACGGGUGUUACUUAAUUGUCGUCAGCCAAAAAUAUUGCGAAAUAAAUGAAUCGCCGUGACCGUCACGGUCGGCGCCGUGCUCGACUGUGUCGUUUGCAGCGUGUGAGGCUCGAGAUCGAGCCGAAUCGAGAUCACUGGAUGAUUUCGUGCGUGGAACGCGUUACGUGGACGAACGAGACCAAGUUCGUACCACAGAGACAUUGGAAGACUUUGAAGAAACGUGGGGUAAAAUCCAACGUUAUGACAAACCGAUACACUGUCGCGAUCAUUAUCGCACACGCUGGGUGUUGGAGAGGUCGUUGGGUGACAUCGCGAGCCUCGAGCAUUAUUUAUUAUUACAGUGUAGGAGACACAUUGUUUACGUCGACAUCGAUCAAAUUUUUUUCUAUGGUUAUAUUGUUACGAGCGUUAAUUUUUACUUACCGAGUUAACCGAAGACGGCGUACGUGGAUCAGGAUUUAAGGUUAUCGGUCCGAUACCUACGUACGUGUUGUGUACAUAAUCAAAAGUGAUUGUUGAUUUACAGUUUUGCGACCAGUAUCUCGCGUCUUUCUUCACCAUCGGAGUUUCAAUGAGGUGCACUAUGUUUAUUUUGGCGCCGUAACUAUUCGUCGGACGAUGGAUUUCGCGGAUGCUAACCAUCGAGACUGUCUUUCUUCGCUGUUGUAAUCAAAAUACCUACUGAGAUUCGCGAAAGUGCGCCGCAAGGUUUCAGACGUCUCACUCAAAACUCGUGCAAUGACGUAUUGUUUUACCGUUCGAGAAAAAUACGUGAUUAUUACGGUAUUGUGAUAGAUUUAAACGAUACACCGGCAAUGGGACCGAUUGUUCGACACGCUACGGAACACAAUCAGUGUUUCGAGAGCGAGAGACUUCCACGUUUCGCGCAGCGAGAUGAAUCGAAUACGGGGGAGGCUUGUGCCUUGCGAAACAAAGUCGAGGCGCAGCUCUCGGAUGAGGAUGGCAAAUAGUUACAGAACAAAUGGAUAUAAAUAUAUAUUACGUAUGUACAGGAGAGAUGCAAUAAGUAUACCGAGUGGCAUUACGAAGAUGCGGAUGAAGCUACGAAGACUCUUCGAUCAAACGUUUUAUCGACUGUAUAUAGAAAUACUAUACGUGCGUUGUACAUAAAUGUUAAGUGCGUAUCCCAGUGUAAGACACGGCUCUGAUUAUCAAUUAAUCGUUAGACCGGUGUUGAUAUUAUUGUCUAACCGCGAAGAAGAGAUUUCGUGCGAACCCGUAUAGCGCGAUCGAGCAAUCUGCGCAGAGUGGAAAGGAGACAUCGAGGCUUCAAUAGGAAGCCUCUAAUUUUCCGAUAAAAAUCCUUUUUGAAUAAUCUCGCGUUCGACGUGUGCACGGAAUACAAUGUAUGUACUUAGAUUAAGAACCGCCUUCUCGCGUCCACUACUUCUCUAUCGUCUUUGUUGUCCCCGUACGAUCCGGUGAUCGCGUCAGGGCAGUGUUGGGCAAAAUUGAAUUCUUGGAUAAUCAGAUACAAUUAGCUCUGUAAGAUUACAAAUCAUCGAUUUAUAAUUACAGAUUACAUAUGUAGUUUACGAUUACCCAUUAAUCCGACAAUCGCGAGUGAUUAUUGGAAAAAUAAUCAGCGCUCAACUUUGGAGUAGGGGUGGACGCUAGUGGGAAUUUUAUUUCUCGACGAUGCGAUGAGAGAUUCGGUGGAUCCGACGCUCGUUAGUGAUACGAGAUAAGGUGCUACAUGCAACUUUUUCGCAGGGUUACGCGCAGGUAUUUAGGUCGUCUUUAGUAGGGGAAGUUUUACGCAUUUGCGCGUUGGUUUUACCAAACCCGCCGAGCGAAUACGUGCAAAACUUGUUAGGAUUAAGGCAUUUUCUAUCGGGUCAUUUUUAUACUUCUUCCCAGCAUUCGUUGGUCGGCGAGAAGAGCAGAGAGGGUUGAUUACCUUCGUGCUCGCGAAUUUGGAUGUUUACCUUGGUCACUUGGAGCUUUGCUCUUCGAGGAACGAAGAGAAGAUGAAUGUAAUCAUGCACUAUCAAUCAUUUCGUCGCCGAUUCGAGGUUUCACCGAUGCUCUAUUCGCGACUCAAGCUACUCGCGCGAAAGACACUUCGUUUCUCUCACCCUGAUGUCUGUCUUCUUGCCAUUUCGCGCGGACGGCGGUUAGGGGGGCGGUCUCCGCUACUUUGAAUUGAAAAUCUUUCCUUUAUUAUCUUUUCCUAUCAGGAGAAGUAUCCGAAUCGAAAUAAAAUUUAUUACAGGUGUAGCUAUUUUGUCGUUGUUUGACGAGAUAUUUUUUUUUUUUCGAACAACGUUUUAAUUGCUAGUCUUAUUCAUUGAAAGCUCGAUAGCAAAAAGAAAUUCUACCUCGAUAGCGUGUGAUUGAUACGAAUGAUUGUUCCGAAUCGAAGGAGACGAAGAGAUUAUUAUUAUUUACACAAGUUUCUUUAUCGCGCGGUCAGAUCUAAAAGCACUUGACUGCCCCCUUAACUGGAAUGGCUGCUCGUAGCGAAACGAGGCAUUGAUAUUAGUACAAACUGCAGAUACAAUAAUUGCCGCGCGAUUUCGGCAGCAUUCGCGUUGGCGGAUGUACGAUGUACAUGAAGAGUAUUAUUGGAGAGCUGCAAAGGUUGCCUUUGAAUGGAAUUCCAAUUCGAUGGUAAGAAUUUUUCGAAUAGAUUAGUUUAGUGUUGCGCGUUGACUGUUAUGCAAAUUUUGGUAAAAUACCCUCUGAUGGUGCGCUGUUAUUUUACGUUUAACUUUAACAAAAUAAUUGCUUUCAAUCUCUUCAUGACGUUACGUGAGUUCAUUUCUUGUGAGACAUUUGGUAUCGUUUACAUACAAUACAAUAUGUUAAUUAAUUUUCGUAUUAUUCUGUUUUUAUACAUUACAAUGUUAAAUAAACUUUUCAUAUUGAAAUGUACAUUUUUGAAUAAUGUAUGCCUUGUUGCUAAAAGUCUCUCGACAAAUUGGUAGAACUUUUUUUAAGAGUCAUGAUAUAUCGUAUAAGAACAAUACGAUGAUUUUGUAUAUACAAUUAAAUAUGCAGUCAGUGACAUAAGAAUUCGGAUCCCCGAUAUCUACAGAAGAAAAUUGUUUAGAUUGGAUGAUAGGUUUGAUGUUUCCAAAUAAAUUGUUCAUUAUAAAUAUACAAAUGUGUACAGUUUACUCAUGUAUAUAUUUCUAAUGAAACAUUUAUUUGGAAACAUUACACCUAUCAUUAAAUUUAGACAAAUUUCUUCAAUAGACAUAGAGGGUACAUAUAUUAUAGGGUUGAAUGCACAUAACAUGUUAACAUGUUAAUCGAUAUUUUGUAUAGCAUUACCAUUACUAAAACGCAUUUUAUGGACACGAACAACUUUCUUUGAACAUGGCGAGGAAAUCACUCGAGUUCAACAUUUGCAGCUUCUCGCAGUACCAUUCAUCGUGACGCGUGCGAUCCCUCGCGUGUAAAUAGGGCCUGUAAGUGUGCGUCGCGUGUCUUAGACACAGCCACCAGUUCCCAUAGGUUACGAUUUCUAUUUCUGAUUGUACAUUUACUGUUAUAUCGACGGCACAACGGUGGGGUCGAGCCUCGUCGUCCGAUCGGGUUGAGGCGAUCAGUCGAUUCGAUCGGGGGCGGCGAGUGCAAUCUGUAUAUUGCAUAGUAUUUUUCCAUUAAGGAUAAAGAAAAUUCAGAAAAGGAACAAAAAAAAAAAAAGAUUACGAUCGAGGAAUCGAUCCCGCUGGUUCCUCGAGCCCAGUGAUUCUCAGCCGUUUCGAAGCACACUUUCGAACGGAACGUCUCGAAACAGAAAUGUAUGUACAUAGAAGACGAAGAAGAAGAAACGAUUGUUCGCUGAUUAUUCGUUGAGAACCACUGCUCGGGAUGAACGAACGCUUACAGGCUGUCGUUUCUUCGACGGCGACUUUACGACGACUUUUUCUCGACGCUUCGAUACUAUGAGAAUUAGCCUAAUCGUAGAUAACGUAGACGAGGCACGUUCGCUUGUAGAUUUGUAAAUACUUAACUUAGGUAGAUCGAAGGAAAUGUCGGUAUCCUCGAUCUUUUUUUAUACGUCCUGAUCAAUUUAUUCUCCAUUGCGUGUAAACCUUCUCCCCUGGAGAAGGUAUAUAAUAAAAACGAUGUCACUUGUCGCGGUAAAAUAGAAAUUUAACGAACACACAGGUUUAGCCACCUUACUUGGCCAAUUAAAAUCACUCAGACUAUUUGUUGUGUGGAAACAUUUCUUGAACAAUAAUUGUAUGAUGGUAAGUAUGACGUAUAUCGCGGUAAUCAUUUAACUAUCUUGAUAUUUUAUCGAGACACCAAGGUAACCUUGAAUGUUUUCAAUUGAAUAUCCAACAUUUUACUUUGGAAUUUGAGAUAGUAUCAAACACUCAGUGAAAUAUGAUUCACAAGUGGAAUAAAUAUAAUGGCCGACACAAUUGAUGGAAUGGCGAGACUUUAUCCAAAUAAGAACAAAGCCCAUCACCAAACGUUAAGUUUAUAAUCCAAGUAUACUACAGUAAGAUCAAUGGAUUAGAUUGAUAUACAUUGAUAUUACAUUGUAGUUAUGAUAUUAAAUUUUUUGUUGUACUUGCAUAGUUAUUUUCAUUGCAUAGCGUGAUUAUUGUGUUCUACCCAUAAUGCGAUAUAUAUAUGUAUAACAUAUAGAACGUUUUGUUUAGUAACAAUUUGAUAUUUAAUUUCAUAGCAUUGUAUGAGUAAUGUUCGGUACCAAAAUUACUAAAAAAAUGAACGUCGGGUAAUUUAUUCCACCUGCUAGUAUUUUAUACGCAUGUCUACUUUCAAGGGACUACCAUUAAUUGAAUAGAAUUUCUAACAUAAACAAUGCUUUUUUAGUUAACUACUACUAUCACUUGACUACUUGCCUUCGUGAAAUACAAAAAGUUGAGUUUAUUGUGAGCAGUAAAGAUAGCCAAAGUUUCGUAAAGAUGUAUCAUUAGAACAUAUAAUGCUCUAAUUGUAGAAACGCUAAAACUCAUUGAUCCUAAUGAGCAAUAUUUCGAACGACGUCCAUCACUUAUUGAAUUGAAUUGAAUUGAAUUUAUUCAAUCAGAUGAAUAUUUUGAUACAAAGUAUAGGAAAGCUUGAAAAUCGGAGGAAGUAUAUAAAUACAAUAAAAUGUAUUUUAUAUUACAAAUAUUUGCCAGAAUAUCUUAAUAAUUAUUAAUUUUCAAUACAGCAUACCUUGAUAUGUUUUUCAUUGACGAUACUCUUUCGAAUUCCAAAAUGAAUAUUGUGUGUCUCUUUUCAAAAUGUUGAGGUAUCUUUUGUUUCUCUGUAAACAAGCAAGGCGGCAAAAUACUAAUUACUGUGCUGUACAGUCUUUUCUCAAUACCAUGCGAUAUUUGUUUGACAAUGUUUUUUCACACAACGCACGCUAUAUGAGAAAUUUAAGGUGGCCAAAUUAGGUAACUAGGUUUGUAUAGUAACGAGCGAAAGUGUUAGCGUGCAGACAUAUGUCCAACUUUGCGUCUUCAUUUUCCCAUGUGAAUAGUAGGAAUUCUUAUAUUGCGAAGUUUAAUUGAACCCACGUUAAUCUUUGUUAAACGGAGGUUUUCUUUUAUUUUAUUCUAUCGCUUUAUAGUUAAAAGUACGAUAUUAUUUUCGUUAUGACAGCAAGUAUACAGUUUUGCGCGGUUAUAUUGCCGUUAGAAAAGAGAUGUAUUAAUUCAGACUAACUGCAAAUGUUUACUACGACGUUUCAAGAAUAAUGAUUUCUGUCAAACUGUCGAUAAUUAGAUUAACACUAGAUUAAUAUUGUACCAUUCAUGUUGUUUCCCAAUUCAUAUGGUAGAUUUUUCUACAACAACAGUUGUCUUUUUGUAACGAACUGCGAAUUGUCGAACGUGUUUGUAUCAGGACUUCAGACUGAUCAGUCUAUCGCUUAACAGUUUUGGGAUUCAAGUCACCCUCGUUCCAAUUUUAAUGUUUGGUAUCAUUAUUUUGUUGCAAUAGAAUUUUCACCUCAUCAUAGUCCAUGGUUUGUACUGCUGACGGUAAAUUAUGUUAUAAAUUGAACAAAUACAGUUACCUUCGCUUAAUUUCAUCCAUUCGAAUUAAGGGUCCAACUAUGUUCUAUAUUAUAUUGACUGCCGAUUCUAGAAUUUAAUUUGUAUCAUGAAACGAUGUUUCGGAUAAAAAUUUGUAUAUUAUGGAAUUUGAAACAUAGGACUAAAGUUCGGAUAUCUUUUGUGUUUAAAUGAUGCGGCGUUGCUUGUAAAUUUCAAUCAAGACGACAAUCAUAAUGAGAAACGUGGCAGUCAAUGUAAUAUAAAACAAUCCCAAUAGGUUAUAACAUAACGAGUAAGUUGUAUUGUGUUUUUUGCAUAGAAGAAUUAAUUUCG